AUGGCAGGGAAAAUGACCUUGUACAAAUUGGUGGUGCUGGGCGAUGGAGGUGUUGGAAAGACUGCCCUGACUAUACAGUUGUGCUUGAACCAUUUUGUUGAGACAUACGAUCCUACCAUCGAGGACUCGUAUCGAAAGCAGGUGCAGAUUGAUGGUCAGUCGUGCAUGCUCGAGGUGCUCGAUACAGCCGGCCAAGAAGAGUACAUUGCCUUACGAGACCAAUGGAUACGCGACGGCGAGGGCUUUGUGCUCGUCUACAGCAUCUCAUCGCGCUCCUCUUUUGCCCGCAUACAACGCUUCCACAGCCAAAUACAACGCGUCAAGGAAUCUUCCAUGGCUGGCUCACCCACUUACCCCGGCUCGCCCAUGACUGCAUCUGCUCCCAUGUUUGGUCAGGCACCCGUCAUGCUCGUUGGCAACAAGUGCGACCGCGUCACCGAACGCGAAGUGUCGACCCAAGAGGGACAAGCUCUUGCAAAAGACCUCGGCUGCGACUUUGUCGAGGCCUCCGCCAAGAAUUGCGUCAAUGUCGAAAAGGCCUUCUUUGAUGUAGUUAGACAGCUCCGAAGACAACGACACCAGGGCACUGGCCGCUCCCCCACCGACCGAAAAGAAACUCGGACGCGCCCUGGCUACUCCGAAAAGGAUCGCUCACGAGGCGGAGGCGAUCGACGCACACGCGGUACUGGCAUGACUGGAGGCAACAAGCGCGGCAAGGACAAACCCAAAUGUGUCAUCUUGUGA